AUGAAGAAGCACGUGAUCAACUCUGCCUUCUCGUUCCUGCAUUGGCGGGGAGGGAGAAACGAGACCUUCUGCGAUACAAUCGUGAGAGUGAUAGGAGCAGAGCGGGAUCUCGUGCGGAUUGUGGAGCUGAAUGGACAGCAACGACAGGAUCUGUUCCUGACAUUUCAAGGAACCGCUCAAGAUAUUUCUUCCGCCCUCAACAAAGUUGGAUCCACCAAGAGCAAGAUGGGAGCAAACUCUGCCAACACCAUCUUGAACGCUUUCAUAGGAGAUGUUGUCAAGAUCCUCAGAUCGCGAUCAGAACUGAUCCGCGUGUUGCGGAUGCUCAGCGAGGAGGAUGGGAUGCGGGACUUGCAGAGCUUGAUCGAUCUGCUGAUUGGAGCAGAAGCGUACGGGUGGGCGAGCGAGAGUUUUUCCUCUUCAGAUCCACUGAUUGUGAAUCCGUACAAGGAGAGGGCUGAGCAUGAGAACAGCAUUCUCAUCAAGCUCUUGCAAGGGUACAACUACGUUAUGAACUACGAUCUUCUCGGGAGCACCAAGACACUCUAUCAGGCAAAUGCGCUCCUGAUGCAGGUCAAGGAGAUUGUUCAAUAUCGAAAUGUCAGCGGGCAGGCUGGAGGGCGGAGGAUGAUCUCGGAGUGGUGGACACAGAUGGAUGGGUAUUGGGGAGGAAACACCACCAGAGCCCUCCAGCAGUUCUUGAACUCCGUGCGAACUGAGAACGGACAGGACGACUGGGACGCUCUCUCUGUCGACUCAAACUUCGGGCCAAAAACCAUUUCAGCGUUGCAGAAGUUUCUCGUUAGGGAGAGGCAACGGCUAACGGCCUGUAACGACGACGUUUCUUACCGAGGGAACACGCCCAAGUCCCUCAAUGUCAAGCAUUCGGUUGUCAUCGUCGGGUCAAACAAGAAUCCCCAGCAGCUGCUGAGCUUGUGGCCGGAGAUCGCGGUCGACGGGCUCUGGAGCAAACCGACUAAAACUGCGCUGCAGGCCUUCCUGAAAUCCAAGGUGGGGACGAUGGUGAACUUCAACGUGGACGGGAGGUUUCACCAGAGAUCGUCGCAGGUUUCAUCGUCCUCGUACUUCAUUCCUCUCUCACAUUAG